AAGUAUACAUAUCCGUUUCUUUCAAUCGUUGUUUAUUAAUGUUGAAGCAUGCUAUCAUCAUUAUCAUACGCUCAAACCUUGACAUAUGAAUAGGCGGGCCUAGGGUACUAAACUGUUAAAUUGAUCAAAAGAAAAAUGGCCGGAAAUUGAUACCGCCUAUAAAAAAUGCCACAGCUAAAUAUCAACUGGAAUGCACAGGGAGGGACCGUUCUCUCUUUCAGCUGCGCCAAAGUAGCAUAUGUUGGACUAUACGAAUUUAUAGAUAGCAUGACAGUAAACAAACACCUGCUAGAGGGAGCUAACACGGAAAACGAUCUGAUACGAGAAGAAAACAUGCAUCGAUACCUCCUUGCCUAAUGCUAGUGGAUGCGUCCAGGUAAAUAAGCUAGGCUACACCAGGAACAAUGUGCAGUGGCGGCGGUCAUCACAACAACACAUGGAUCGCGACCUCAUCCUGCUAUCUUCUGUGUUGCCGUGCUCUGGAAUUGCCUAAUAACAAUCUUAUUUCUGACAUAGGCUACAGCUUUCACAACGCACCACGCCUCCUCAUCCUUGCACGCACCUCGAUUAACCAUCUUCGGGGGUGCACAGUGUGCUUUUCAAAAGGGAGCAAAAGAGAGACUGGUCCGCAUCUCCUCAUGUCGCGGAGAAACGAACAUUGGAUAGACGAGGCAAGGAUGGGUGGUUUCACCCUGAUUCUGCAUCCAUGAGCGACUUCAUUUCCAACAGAGUGUUGCUUUUUGGCCAAGGUACCACUGGAUAGUUCUGGCGAGAGAGCAAGAAACUGCUGUUAGGAAGUUUGGAUGCAAAUGGCCACAACCACCAUGAUCUUUAUGAUUUUGGGGACUUCACUUGUGAUGGCUGUAGCGUGUCUUACGGACAUGAACGCUCUACUGGACCGCUUUCACAACUAUAUCUUACCACAUUUACGAGGGGAGGACCGCGUCUGCCAUUGCAACUGUGGAAGGCACCAUGUCCACUAUGUGAUCCCGUACGAUGGGGACCAGUCUCUGGUAGACUCGGCAGAGAACUACUUUGUGAGUGAUAGCGUGACCAAGCAGGAGCUGGACCUGAUGCUGGGGCUGCUGCUGGGCUUCCUCCUCAGCUGGCUACUGCUGUGGCUGGACGGGGCGCUGCACGCUGCCCUCAGGGCCUGGAGGGCCAAACAGCACCAUGAUGUGUUCUCCUGGUCAUGGGUUCCCCGUUUCUGUAACCUGAGAGACCUGGGGAAACGGGUGGACCUGAGAAAGCUGGAGGACUCCAGUGGGAACAUGGUUCACAUUAAGCAGAAGCUGUACCACAAUGGACACCCCAGCCCACGCCACCUCUGAGAGCCAUGGACUGGCUGAGACAGACUGAGACCUGCUGUCAACUGACCAACCAGACUUUAGUCACAUGGGCAACAAAACAAAGACUAUCCAAGAUAUAGCCUUCAAACCAUACUGUUUCUUAUGGACACUGGAUAGAGCACUUUCUCAAGUGACGCCAUGGUCUUCACCCACGGUGCAAAACUCCUCACCCUCCAUAUUUUAUGUAAAAAGAUUGUAGGUAAUGGAGGAUCCAUUUAGGAGGGUGUAAGCAAUUUGCCAGAGUGUGUCUGUUUUUGAAAAUAGUUAUAUAUAUUUUGUUUUAGAAUGUCCAUUUUGCUAGAAGUGGGGAUAGGGUGUAUGCAGUAUUUUGCUUGGGUUUUGUCGGUUUGUAGAAACGUGUUUAUUUUGCCUGAAGAUGUCAGUUUGAAAUUAGAAUAUGUAUUUUGCUCGAGAUUGUUCAUUUUUGACAGGGGUUUGUGUAUUGGAAGAGGUACACUAUAUAUACAAAAGUAUGUGGACACCACUUCAAAUUAGUGGAUUUGGCUAUUUCAGACACACGCAUU